AUGAACCUCGAGGCUAGAUUGACAGGCACGCUUAACGAUGUGCUUCGAACGUCUGGCUACAUUUUCGAAAUCAUCAACAACAACAAGAGACAGAGUAAUCUCAUUACAGGUCCCAAUAACCAGCUAAUACCGCCUCCGAUCACGGCACAGCUAGCAGCCAGCAUUGCCCAGUUUGACCUGAUUUUGGACGAUACAGUCAGCAAGUUUAACGAUGCUCGAUGGUGUGUGGAGCAGAUUGUGGAGAAUAAGCAGAAACAGGAGGAGCUUCGGCUUCAGGAAGAGAUAGAGAGAAAGAAGCGUCUUGAGGAGCAGAAGAGACGAGAGGAAGAAGAGGCUAGGCGUAAGGAAGAAGAGGAAGCUAAGCGCAAGGAGGAAGAAGAACGCAAGAAGAAGGAAGCCCAGGAACAAGAAGAGAAGGCUAGGCAAGAGAAAGAACGUCUUGAGAAGGAGAGACAGGAGAACGAACGAAAGGAACGGGAAAGACAAGAACGUGAGGAGCAAGAAAGACAAGAAAAGGAACGCAGAGAUAACUUGGGCGUCAUGGAUCCAGGUUUCGAUUUCGAUAUGGAUCUUGAUAAGAAUGCUCCUGGUAUUCCUAACCCAUCUGACAUUCUCUCUUCAAUCAGCUACAAGGGCCCUGGUGGCGACAAGGCUGAUAACAAGAACGAAAUUGAUCUUGGUUUGAAUAGUAUUCUCGGAGAGGGCCAAGGUUUUGAUGAUUUGAACAUGGACCUUCUCGGACAAGACUUUGACGGUUCUGCGAUGAACCAGGACGAGGAUUUCGAUGUGGAUAACUUCUUGAACCAGUUCGGCAACGACUAA